AUGGUUGGCACGGUCCAGUUUGCUAUUAAUUCGGCUGAAUGCUAUCCAUCUGUUGAUGUGCCCAACCAAAACAGAGUGACCACCCAUGAUGCAGCAGGAAUAGUCAAACGUCAACCCGUAAACCACGACCGUGACCAAGGGAAAAAUCCCGACUCCAUGUCUCUGCCUCUGUCUCCUCAGGCUUCGGUUGCACCACUGCCUGCAUCGUCUCGGGCUCUAGAUUUACCAUUGGCUCCAUGCAUUCCCUCUUCCCCAGACCCCCACAAACCACCAGCACCAGCGGCAGCGGCAGCAGCACUGCAAUGCAAGGGCCCUAAAGCCGCACUCACCAUACUCACAGUGCCUACCCAUACCCCACAACUAAUGACAAUAACACUCACAAACCAGACCGAGAUCACCCUCGUCCUCAACCCCACCCCGCUCACUCGUCGCCCGCCGCCCGCCCGGCGCCAGCUCGCGGCAGAACUCUUCCCCGAGAAAACACCCGCGGAGAAUGUCGAGGAGUUUAUGGUCUGGGUGCUUGCUACGUUUUGUAGCGGGGACCGUGAGGUGGGGUGUGAGGGCCUGGCCAGCAGUAUUCAUGCUAAUGGCCAAAACCAGGACCAGGACCAGGACCAGGACCAGGGCCGUGCAGGGCAGAAAAGAUCCAGACCCUUGGACUGGGAGAGGGAGAGGGAGAAUAAACGGCGGGUGAGUCGUUGGGAGGAUGCUUGCCGGGGGCAGGCGGGUGGGUAUGGGUAUCAACAGCAGCAGCAGCAGCAGCAGGAGCAGUAUCGGCGCUACACUGUUGCGGGCCAAUAUGGAUACAUGUAUGGUGAUGGUUACUACGGGUAUGACCGCCGUCGGACUAAUUGGGGAAACAGAUAUAACGAUGGCCGCCAAUAUGACCAUUACUAUGGCGGCGGUGUUAGUCAUGAUGAUGGGUACCGCUAUCAUCGUCGAAUUAGUGAUUAUGGGGACCGUAACCGCGGCCAUGAUCACCGCCAUGAUCACCGCAGUGGGGCUAACCAUAAAGAUACCCGCCAUCAAGCAAACCUUCAGUCAGAAACUAUAGACACUAACCACAAUACCAAUACCACCAACAUCCAACCCCAGGAGGCCACUGCCACUACUUUCUUCACCCCCGCCGCCAGAGCCAACACCACCGUCACCCAACCCCAGGAAAACCACACCACCAACCCCACCGCCCCCAUCUACCUCAUCCCCACCGCCGCCGCCGCCGCCGCCGACACUACCUCCCUCCGCCACAUCCCCACCGCCCAAGAAGAAAACCCUACCUCCCGCAACGUACGCACAAAGAUCAGCUACCGCCAGCGCAACGCCUACAAGGACCACCAGUACCAGCAGCGCCACCGCAGUAGCAACAGCACCGUACCGGACCUGUAUCCGCCCGUGACGACGCGCAGCGGCGCGUAUGCGCGUCCGGAGGAGUAUGAGGCUUCGAGGGGCAGGGUGAAGGAGGAGGAAGAGGAGUAG